AUGUAUAUCGAGAAUUCAGUCAAUGAAAGGUAUACUCGUACUUUAAAUUUUGGAUGUUUCCCCAAAAAUGUCUUGCAAUUCCAAGACACUCAAGAUUACUUUCAACAAUUGGUGUUUGUUGAUUACCAAUUAGAGUUGUUGAUUGAUAAUGAAUUCAACAAGAAUGAGUUGUUAUCUUUAGAAAAUUUGUCCCAACUUGAACAAAAUCCAAAUAGUGUAAAUUCGGCUAAUGAAAAAUUACAACAGUUGAUUAAUUAUGCCAAGUCAAUUAGUUUGAAUUAUGAAAAUACAUCCAAAUCUUAUGAUGAAAACUUGUAUUACGUCGUGUUAAUGGCGCAUUUGUAUUACUUGGAUGAUAAUUUGAACCACAUGAAUAAGCUUUUGGGAUCUAUUGCUGUCCCAUUUCAAGUUUCUAAAAAUGCAAACGCUUCUAAUUCCAGUGUGAAUCAAAAGGAGUUUAUCGAAUAUUUAACUGUUAGAUAUUAUGUGUUGUUGGGAUUAGUUGGUGGGAAUAAUUCUAAUGUUUGGUUAGAAUAUUUACAGAAUUAUAGAAAACCAUUUUCUAAAAGUCAAGUUGUGGCAAACCAUUGGUUGGAUUUAUUAUUUCGUAAUUUGUCCAUCAAUUUGAGUAAAAAUGGUACCAUUCCGUUUUCUUUUGUCAAUCAUUUGAGAAAUUUAUCAUUUUUCAACAACAAAUUAGCCAUCAUUGCAUUUUCAAAUUAUUUAUUACGUCCAGAAAAUUACAAAUUAAUUAAUAACUCGUUCAAGAGCGACUAUACUACAUUUUUAAUCAAUGAAAUUGAAGAAAAUAUUCUUGUUAAAAGUCAAUUCCCCAAUGCCAUUACCAAUGAUACGACUGCUAUAGAAGUCAAUGACUAUAUAAAUAACCUUUAUGAAUCUUUGAGUUAUGUCCCAUUCAAUUUGUCAAUUUUAAAACCAAGCUUAUCUAAAAAGUAUCUUCUUGAUGCUACCACCAAAACAUACCAGAGUCGAAUUGUUUUGUCUAAUUUGAUCUAUACCUUGAUUGAUUUGAAUGAUUAUGACGAAGCAUUAGCAGUGUUUAAGACAUAUAUUGAUUAUUCCAAAAAAGAUCAAGAAUUGAAAGGAGGUUAUAUUGAUGAUAUUUUAAGUAUCAUAGACACUUACAGUACUUGUGUGAUUCAUUUUAAUCCUUUGAAAAGUUUUAAAGAUCAUAAGAAGUUUCAAUAUAAUCACGAUUCGAUGGUUCUGGAAAUGUUGAAACAAUUUGUGGUUGAAUUGUUGGGUUACAUGAAGAAGUUGGAAGAAUUAAUUGAUUUGUCAUAUGACGAUGACAAUCAUGCUAGUGAUAGAAAUCCAUUGAGUUUCUUGUACCGAAAGUACAAUAUGAACAUUUUACAAUCAGACAAUUCGCAAUUUAUCGAAUUGAUUUCAAAAGCAUGGUACGCCAUUGGAUACUAUUACUAUUAUUUGGCCAAUUUUGAAAGCUCCAACCAAUCACUCUUGAAUGCAAAUGUCAACUUGGUAUUGAAAUACUACAAGAAUAGUUUAAUUGUCAAUUCAACCGGGAAUGUCUUUUACUUGUUUAGUUAUGCUUUGGCUUUGGCCAAUUCCGGAUCAUUGAAAUCAUCAUUAAAGUUGUGUAAAUUCAUAUUGAAGAAAUAUCCUGAAUCAUUCAAGACUUGGAACUUGUUAGUUUUAUUGUUGACUUCUUUUGAUAAUGAUAACGCCGAUGUUGUUAAACCAGCCACCAAUUUUGAUAAUAUUUUACCCUCAGACUUAACCAAUGGCAAUAGUAUUGACGGUCAAACAACACAACAAGAUCCUAAUGGAUAUGUUGCUCCAAGACCUCAAAUGAGAGAGCCAGAAAGAUUCAUUAAUAAGGCAUUAAAUAUAUCCGGGUUGUAUGUUAUGAAACAUAAACAGCGAGAUAUCAAGUUGACUGCCGAGACAAAGUAUGAAAUCUUACAAUUAAAAUUAACCCAAUUGGCUGUUUUGGAAUCUAUUCAUGGGUCUCAAUAUAUGAUUGAUUAUUUAUCUGAAGUAUUUAUUUUAUAUCAUGAACUUUUUGAAGUUCAAUUGAAGAGUGCACCACAUGUUGCUCAAUCGUCAAGACAAUUCGGAGCCUUGGAUAAAUGGAGUCAUCGACCAAGUUUUAUUGAUCCAUCACCAAAUGCUCAAAAAGUCAAGCAUGAAUCAUUUAUUCCACCAGUACCAAAAUUUGAAGAGUCAGAUUUGGAACCAAAAAUGAGUAAUCAUUCAAAGAGUGGAUCUUCAAGAGUUGAUAAAUUAAAGAGACUUUCAAAUAUAACUUCAAAAGACGGGGCAAUUGGUAGAAGAGGUUCUUCUAUUUAUUCUUCAGUACAUCUGAAGAUUAAGAAACCAGAGCUGAAACAUAGUAGUAAUGGUAAUGGUGUAGUCAAAUCACCUCCAUCAAUAACUACUUCACCAAAACCGGCAUCUGUUGAGAAUUUCAUUCCUGAAGAGACUUCAGCUCCAUUAAAAGCUACUGAUAAUAUAACUGAAAGAAAAAUCCUUCAAGAAAUUUGGUUAUGGACUAGUCGAGUUUUCUUGAAGGCAGGAUUAAUUGAAGAAUGUGAACAAUGCAUAGUGGAGGCAGAAUCGAUUUAUGAACCAAAUAUUAAAACAUUUACUGCAUUAGGUUUUUUAACUAGUAAGUCAAGAAAAUUUUUAUCAUUACAAGAAUUUGAAAGAUCAUUGGAAAUUUUAACAACUGAUUCAACUUAUAAGUAUAAUAUUAAUGAUUAUAAUUUGACCCUUUUAGGAAUUGCCAAAUUAUUUUUAGUUGAUGAUGAACAGAAAAAUUCAUUAUUUAUAUCCAAUAAAGAUUUAAAUAUUGGAUUGAUUAGAUUGAAAAAUUUACUAGAAGAUUUCUCAAAUGUAUGGAUGGGUGGAUAUAAUAAUGUUGAAGUUUGGUAUUAUUUAAGUAAAAUUUACCAAUUUAUCGAUGAUAAAAUAUUAUUAACCAAGAGUUUAUGGAAAUGUAUUGAUUUAGAAGACCAAAGACCCGUUAGAGACUUUAUUUCAUAUGAGUUGUAA